AAUGGAAAAUGUUGUGAGGCAUUCGCCAAAUAUCGACUAUGACCUUCCGUUGCACCCUGUUGCCCCUACUGCUGCUGCUGGCACUGGCCAUGGCCCUCCUCAGUAGCCCCUCACUCAACCGCGCGGCUAUGGCGCUCGAGUUCAUGGAUGACGGAGCAUUUGUGAACGACGAGGGGCACCCAGUGGAUGAGGAAUCCUCCGCAGAAGCACCAGCCAUAUCGACAGGCUAUACCCGGGACACGAUUGCACAUUUCAAUCCGCGCAAGUCAGAUGCCGGCUUCCGUCAGCUCUGGGAGCGCAUUCCCCUGCAGAAAGUGGACGUGAUCAAGCGACGAUAGGAGAUAGGGAGGUGUGUAAGCCCAACCCAAAUCGUGACCAAAUAAUCUAUAUUAUACUCGUAUACAUAUGAAAACUUACUUGAAUACGUUGUCCGACGAGCCAAUGUGCUCAGAAUGGAAUAAACUAUGCUAUCGAUAGAGCACAUUCUGG